AUUCAUUUUCCUCCCCACAGAUGGCGCGGGCUGUACUAGUAUUGGCGUUGGUAAGUCUGGCUGCUGCUGGACCCAUGAAGAUGUACGAGAAAUCUGACACACACAAAUAUCAACAAGUACUGGUGCCAGUAUCGUCAACGGUGAUCCCUCUGGAUGACCUGCCUGUCUUCAAGGUGAGUGCUGGCUUCGGCGUCGCCUCACAACACACACACAUCAAGUACAAGCCAGACGGACCAGUCAAGCUCAUCACUAGUAAGUACAAGUAUCGCACUACUACUACUAACUUUACUUAGUUCUAGCGCUUUCCU